UCAUAAAAGCACAGCGCAUGGUUUGCUUUUUGCUUCUGCUAUGUGUCAACAAAUAUAAGAACUUUUAAGUUUAUGAGUCAUAAAUCAUAUUUUUUUCUAAAAUUUAAUUGAUUAAAAAUGUCUUUCGAUAAGCCGAAAGCUCAAUGUUUGGUAGUGGAUUCCGGAGCAUUUAUUAAGAACGCACCCCUUCAUGAAUAUGGUGAAAAAAAUUACACUGUAGAAGGUGCUAUUAAAGAAAUAAAAGAUAAAGCUACAAGGCAGCGCUUGCAAUUUCUGCCAUACAAAUUAGAAGUUAAAGAACCUUCUCCAGAUGCUCUUAAAUAUGUGACUGAAUUCUCCAAAAAAACUGGUGACUUUGCAAGCCUGUCAGCUACAGAUCUUCAAAUAAUUGCACUAACUUACCAACUGGAGAAAGAAUUGUGUGGCACAGAUCAUCUAAAUAAGGAACCUACUUGCAAAAUAACAGGCAAGCCCAGUUUUGUUGAUAGUCAGUUAAUCGGAUUUUACACCCCAAAGCAGGAAUCAAGUGAUGAUACCGAUGAUGUAUCAGAUCAUGAAAUCAUAGACAUAGAGUCUCAGCUUGAAAAUAUCGCAGAAAAUUCUGAUGCAAAACAGCAAAAUAAUAUUACUGAUUCUAUUUCUGAACAUGCAAAUAAUAAAAUUCAGAAUGAAGAGAACAAUUCAACAGAUGAGUCUGAAGAAGGUUGGAUUACACCUAGUAAUAUUAAUGAAGUUCAGAAGAAAAUGUCCUCACUUAUUAUUGACCAAGCAUCUUCUGUGACUGUUGCAUGUAUAAGUACAGACUUUUCUGUUCAGAAUGUUUUGCUUCAGAUUGGACUUCAGGUUCUAUCAGUGGAUGGUAUGCUUAUAAAACAAACUAGAGUUUUUAUAUUACGCUGUUAUGCAUGUUACAAAACUACAAAUAUUAUGACGAAACAAUUUUGUCCAAAUUGUGGCAAUAAAACUUUGAAGAGAGUAGCUGUGACAAUCAAUGAAGAUGGAACAAAAAAUGUGCACAUUAACUUCAGAAAACCCAUAAAUUUAAGAGGAACAAAGUAUUCUUUACCGACACCAAAAGGAGGAAAGCAUGCUGUUAAUCCCAUCCUUUGUGAAGACCAGCCUAUUCCCCACAACAGGCCAACUAAGAUGGCAACUCAAAAAAUAGAUGUCUUGAGUCCAGAUUAUGAAGCCCGAUCUUCUCCAUUUGCUGUGAAUGAUGUUUACAGUCGUGCAGCUAGUUUAGGCAUUAGAUCUAAUAAAAGUAGGCAUCACAGAAGAAAUCCAAAUGAAUGGUCUAAACGGACUGGCAAUUAAAGUUAAUGUAAAUAAAUAUUUGUUGUCUGUUUCAA